UCCACCAAAUAGUGCGAACGCGACGCGAGUUCUUUCUGAGUUUAACUACUCGGAAACUUCAACGUUGCAAGUCACCCAGGAUGCCCCUUGUACCGACCGUCCUUUGGGCACAACGCUCGGACAAGCUCUAUGUGACGAUAGACGUUCAGGACGUCAAAGAGCAAUCUUGUGAUCUCGAGGAUGAGAAGCUUACCUUCAAAGGGAAAGCCGGGACAGAGCAGAAUGAGUACUCCCUAGAUCUUACGUUUUUUGCGGCAGUCGACGCAAAGUCAGCCGACAGCAAAGUGAGCAUCACACCUCGAAACAUCUUCAUGAUUAUCCUAAAAAAGGAGCCCGGGCACUGGCCGCGCUUGACAAAGGAGUCCGGCCGACACCUCGCCCACAUCAAGUGCGACUGGAAUAAGUGGGUAGACGAGGACGAAGAGGAUGAGAAGCCUGAAGCUGAUUUCAGCGGAAUGGACUUCUCCAGUUUCGGCGGCAUGGGAGGCAUGGGGGGCAUGGGCGGCAUGGGAGGCAUGGGCGGCCUUGGGGGCAUGGGCGGCCUUGGGGGCAUGGGCGGCAUGGACUUCAGCCCUCUCGAAGGGGAGGACGAUGAGUUUGCAGGAGCAGGCGAUGGCGAAGGGGAGGAUUCCGACAACGAAGAGCUGCCGGAUCUUGUUAAGCCGUGAAGCAGCUACUGCGGUUUGGAAUGGGCGUUCGUACCGAACGCGUCUGUUAGGAGGGUUUUCGGAAUGGUGAGCAGACCCGCGCUUGGGCCUCGAUGUAGCGCUGGGCAGCUCUGUACGACAGGCAUGCAGAAAUAUAGUGGUAGGGUCUCGAAGGAAACGUUGGUACGCAGGGGUCGUAUAAGAGUUUUCGAAGAAAUGACUAGGGAAGGGCAGAGAGUUCGCGCGGAGCUGAUUUACUGUUGAAGCAUUCUUUUAAGAAUGUGUGUGGAAGUUAUCGUUAUGACAAAUUUCCGCCUUAAAAUCGAGAUGUACCAGUUCGAACGUACAUGUAAGGCAAGUUUGCGGAUACUAUGGUUGCAUUACUGACGAUCUAAGUGGCAUGAUUCGUAACGUUACCGAGAGCUGAAAUAUCUGUCAGCAGUUUCGGCCAAAGUCUGCGAAUUGCAAACAUAUUUUGUAAACUUGAUAAGCAUGC